CAUUUACGCCCUCUCUCCUCCUCAGUCACUUUUUUACACGCCCAGGACGCUUGUACACGCCUAGGAACGCCCGCAAUCACCUACCCCACCAAUCAGACAUCGUACCCAAUCAUGUGCGGAAUCUUCGCGUACUGCAGCUUCCUCCAGGAGAAGGAUCGGAAGCAGAUUUGCGAGAUCCUCUGCGCUGGUCUCGCUCGCCAGGAAUACCGCGGCUAUGACUCCGCCGGAAUCGGCAUUGACGGUGACAAGCCCGGAGAGAUGCUCUUCUUCAAGGAGGUCGGCAAGGUCGCUGGUCUCCGCAAGAAGAUUGCCGAGUCCGACGUCGACACCACCAAGACUUUCCUCUCCCAGGUCUCGAUUGCCCACACCCGCUGGGCGACUCACGGCCCUCCCUCCAUUGUCAACUGCCACCCUCUCAAGUCCGACCCCAAGGCCGAGUUCACUGUCGUCCACAAUGGUAUCGUCACGAAUGCGGCUGCGCUCCGCCUCGUUCUCCAGAAGCGUGGAUACAAGUUCGAGAGUGAGACCGACACCGAGGCGGUCGCCAUCCUCACAAAGUACAUCUACGACUCGCAACCCGACAAGCGCAUGAACUUCACCGAGCUCGUCAAGACCGUCCUGAAGGAGCUGGAGGGAUCCUUCGCGUUCGUCUUCAAGUCUAUGCACUACCCCAACGAGAUCGUCACCGCUCGUCGUGGUUCUCCCCUUCUCAUUGGUGUCAAGACGGAGAAGAAGCUCAAGGUUGACUUUGUCGAUGUCGAGUUCACCAACCCCGACGAGGCUUCGAACAAGCUCGCCGUUCCUCCGACCACUUCCAGCGGUCUCCUUGCUCCUCCUUCCGCCGGCCCCAGUCUUCUCCGCACUCAGUCUCGCGCAUUCAUGUCCGAGGAUGGCAUGCCCCAGCCCAUCGAGUUUUUCGUCGCGUCUGAUGCCUCUGCUAUCAUCGAGCACACGAAGCGCGUCCUCUACCUCGAGGACGACGACAUCGCGCAUAUCGCCGAGGGCGAGCUGCACAUCCACCGUCUCCGUAGGAACGAGGAUGGCCAGACGCCGAAGGCGCAGCACCGCACGAUCGAGACGCUCGAGAUCGAGCUCGCGGAGAUCAUGAAGGGCAAGUUCGACCACUUCAUGCAGAAGGAGAUCUACGAGCAGCCCGAAUCCGUCGUCAACACCAUGCGUGGUCGCGUCAACUUUGACGAGCACCGCAUCACGCUCGGUGGCCUGCGCGCGUACCUGAACAUUAUCCGUCGGGGCCGCCGCAUCGUGUUCUGCGCGUGCGGUACGAGUUACCACUCCGCGAUCGCGACGCGCGCGAUCUUCGAGGAGCUCACGGAGAUCCCAGUCAGCGUCGAGCUGGCGUCGGACUUCCUCGACAGGAAGACACCCAUCUUCCGUGACGAUGUCUGCGUGUUCGUGAGCCAGAGCGGUGAGACCGCGGACAGCAUUCUCGCACUGCGCUACUGCUUGGAGCGCGGCGCGCUUUGCAUCGGUGUCGUCAACACCGUCGGUUCGACCAUCUCGCGUGAAACCCACUGCGGUGUCCACAUCAACGCGGGUCCUGAGAUCGGUGUCGCGUCGACGAAGGCGUACACCUCGCAGUACAUUGCGCUGCUCAUGAUCGCCCUCCAGCUCUCUGAGGACCGCAUCUCGCUAGCUGAGCGCCGCAAUGAGAUCAUCGAUGGUCUGCACGCACUACCCGGCCAGAUCAAGAAGGUGCUCGAGGGCGACAAGAGCCUCCAGGACCUUGCGACAGGUGUGCUUGCGAACCAGCGCAGUCUCCUGCUCAUGGGUCGUGGCUAUCAGUACGCGACGUGCCUCGAGGGUGCGCUCAAGAUCAAGGAGAUCUCGUACAUGCACUCGGAGGGCAUCCUCGCGGGCGAGCUGAAGCACGGGCCACUCGCGCUCAUCGACGAGAACAUGCCGGUGAUCAUCGUGAUGACGCAGGACUCGCUGUACCCGAAGGUGCAGUCCGCGUACGCGCAGAUCACGGCGCGCAAGGCGCAGCCGAUUGUCGUGUGCAACGAGGAGGACGACGCGAUCCCGAAGGGCUGCAAGACGAUCCGCGUGCCGCGCACGGUCGACUGCCUGCAGGGCAUCGUGAACAUCAUCCCGAUGCAGCUGCUCUCGUACCACCUCGCGGUCAGGAACGGCUUCGACGUCGACUUCCCGCGGAACUUGGCGAAGUCGGUCACGACCGAGUAAGCGCUCCGCAGUCGAACGUGCGCUACCAUCUCCGUGGCGCGCCCGACUGGCAACGGGGGAGAACGAGGACGAGUGCGACGCCGCGGAUCGCGGGUGGGCGCAGGCAGGAUGUACGAGAGGAAUGUAGGAAAAGCAAACGCACGGACGAUCGCAGCAAAAACGGACUCUCUACGCACCGGCGGUGCGACACGGACAGACAGACUUGAGACAGACAGACGAACGACCUUCCUUAGACGCCAUAUAUAGUUUUGCCUCCCGGCCGCGUCUACGGGCGGGGAGGCGGUAUAUCCCAAACACACAACACAUUCGGUCCUUGGUAGCUACUUGUCGCGAUCGAUGUCCGGAGCCUAUUACCGCGCGCGCGGUGCCUGCGUGGGCGUGCGCUGUAUGUACGGAUUAGCAUGCCAUACACUCGAUUGCAC